CCAUCAUCAGUAGAGUAGUAGAUGGACACUAUGCACUUUGACAGAAAGUACUGCGCGUUAUUGCUCUGCAUCUUGGUGAGCUCAUUCAUAUAAUCACUUUGACUGUCACAUGAGGGCGGCGCUCCCUGUAACGCCCCGGUGACGCGAUGAGGCUGGUCUUGGUCAAACCCACCAAUGAAACGGGCCUUUUGGACUCCACCGGUGCCACACGCAGCGAAAGGGCGCCGGAUCAUUGCAACGCAAAGCGGCAGUCGCAAUCCGCCGCAGGUGAGGGGGGGAUGCAGCAUCGACACCCGGGAGCUGUCCAUCAGCACCACCAUCACGCGGGCGCCCAGAGCAGCGCUGCCACCACACCGACCACCCCUCCGCCGCCCCUAAACCAUCAGAACCAAGCCGGUCCAUUCAACCAGUCCGACCUGCAAUGGGGCGGUCAGACAGCAGCAGCACCACCAGUGAAAAAACAGUCAAGUCUCGAGGACUGUUGUUGUAAACACUCCCUAACUCGCCAGCAGAGCACCACGCACGCGGAGAGGUUCGACUCCCCCCGCAACCAGUGUCGGGAGACGGGAAAUCCGCGGCACGGCGCCUGGUGCGCUCACCAUCACUGCAGGAAGCAUUCUUCGCGCGUUUGCGGAUCGCAUCCACAGCUGUCGCAGAACCCGCAGGCGAACCUGCAGCCGAGCGAGAACCCGCAGCUGCAGGUUCAGCAGCAGCGGCUGGUGAGGAGCAGCCUGCCCAGCUGCUGCGCGCGGGGAUCCGGGGAGCUUCAAAGUCAGCAGCCGUGCGCGCUGCUGCUGCAGCAGCAACAACAACAACAGCUGCAACAGGCGCGCGGAGCCCAUACGGAAUGGCAACGACGGUUCCUUGACAACGACAGCCAGAGAUCAGGCGAGCGACAGUGCCGUCACGCCCGCGCGUUCACGCCUGAUAGAUGUCAGGGAGACUCGGUUUCACCGCGGAGUAAAAGCAGCCCGCUGUCAUCCGACAGUCGCUUGGGGCUCGAGGAGAGUAAACGCAGACACGAAGGGCACAAGGUGAAUGCGGAUGCCAACAGAGUGAGCCAUGCUGGAUCGCGGCCUUCGCUGUCCCAAAGUGGCUCACAUUAUCCUCAGAUAGCCAUGAACAGCUGCAAGUACAAUGGAGGUAUAGUCAGACCACUCAGCAGUCUGGGGGCGUCCCGGAGGAACCUGGCCGAGCUGGACUCAGAAACGCAGCCUUUACAAACCCUACACACGUCUGGCCUGGAGGUGGUGGUGUCAAAAGGGAACAGAGACGACGCAAGUAAGCAGUCCACUGAGAAUCUGGUGGGACCGCGACCUUGCACCGCCCCACAUAAGAAGAACAGGGACAUCGGAUAUAAGCUCGGGCACCGGAGGGUGCUGUUCGAGAAACGCAAGCGCCUUAGUGACUACGCCCUGAUUUUUGGGAUGUUUGGGAUUGUCGUAAUGGUGACAGAGACCGAACUCUCCUGGGGAGUUUACACAAAGGAAUCCUCAUAUUCAUUUGCACUGAAAUGCCUUAUUAGCCUCUCCACUGUAAUUCUGCUCUGUCUGAUCAUAAUGUACCACGCACGAGAGAUUCAGCUCUUUAUGGUGGACAAUGGAGCAGACGACUGGCGAAUAGCCAUGACGUACGAGCGUAUCCUCUUCCUUGUGUUGGAGCUUCUGGUGUGUGCCAUCCACCCCAUUCCUGGUCAGUACGUCUUCACCUGGAACGCCCGUCUGGCCUUUACCUACAGCCCUUCUGUGGCGGUCGCAGAUGUGGACAUUAUCCUCUCCAUCCCCAUGUUCCUGCGGCUCUACCUGAUCGGGAGGGUGAUGCUCCUGCACAGUAAGCUGUUUACGGACGCCUCGUCGCGCAGUAUUGGAGCCCUUAAUAAGAUCAACUUUAACACACGCUUUGUCAUGAAGACUUUGAUGACUAUUUGCCCAGGCACGGUCCUGCUGGUCUUCAGUAUAUCUUCAUGGAUCAUUGCUGCUUGGACUGUGCAUGUCUGUGAAAGAUACCACGAUAAAGGGCAAGUCACCAGUAACUUUUUGGGAGCCAUGUGGUUGAUAUCCAUAACCUUCCUGUCUAUUGGUUAUGGAGAUAUGGUGCCUAACACUUACUGUGGAAAGGGUGUCUGUCUUCUUACUGGAAUUAUGGGGGCCGGCUGUACUGCACUAGUGGUAGCUGUCGUAGCCAGAAAGCUAGAGCUCACCAAGGCUGAAAAGCAUGUCCACAACUUUAUGAUGGAUACUCAACUCUGCAAAAGAGUUAAAAACACGGCUGCUAAUGUACUCAGGGAAACAUGGCUAAUCUACAAACAUACUAAACUCGUGAAGAAGAUUGACCAUGCCAAGGUCCGAAAACAUCAGCGCAAGUUUCUUCAGGCCAUCCAUCAACUGCGAAGUGUAAAGAUGGAACAGAGAAAACUGAAUGACCAAGCGAACACCCUGGUCGAUCUUGCGAAGACGCAAAAUGUGAUGUACGACCUGGUAUCAGAGCUGCAGGAGCGCAGCGAGGAGCUCGAAAAACGUAUUGGUCACCUCGAAACAAAACUGGACUCCAUAAACAGCAGCCUGCAGGCUCUGCCCGGCCUGCUCUCACAAGCCAUACAGCAGCAACAGCACCACCUGCUGGACGGGCUGACUCACCGCGGAUUCACAUUAAUACGACCCUCCUCGCAGGCCUCCGAGCGCUCCUGGGCAUCGUCGGUACACAGACGGAGAUCACCCUCUACCGCACCACACACAUCGUCUGACAGCGGCUAGCACGCUCGCGCACACUCGAAAACCAUACUCUAAAACCUACACACACUCCUCCACACCUCUGUCAUCGACUAACACCGCUAAAUAUACUUUUAGUACUAAAACGUUAACACGAAUGACAACGCCAACACACUGAAUUAACACAUCAUGGUAGAGAUAUGGUUUAUGUUUAGCCAUUGUAUGGCUGUCUAAUGUUAGCUUUUUUGUAAAGCCCUUGUAUAGUAAUGGACUGGAUUCAGACUGCAGAGGGUGGAAUGGAUUUAUAUAAAGAUUUAGUACAUUAAAUUGAAGUAAACCAAUGACAAAAGGAUUGAGAAGGAAGAAGAGACUGUCACCGUAAAGAUGUCUUGUCUGUGGUAGUGCUUGCAGGCUCGGUUGGGAAUAGCAUACUAGCAUACUACUGUUGCUGCAGUAUAUAAAUGUCCAAGUAGUUGAAAUUUCUAUAUGCAUGGUAUACCCGGAUGACUUAUUAGGCCAAAAUGUGCACCAUAAAAUACUUUAUCUCUCAAUGCAAUGCUCUUUACCUUUUGCCAAUUUCUUAGGCCUACCAGGCAUACACAAAUUUGGAUUUAAAAUGCAAAGUUUAGUUUUUCAAGUGUAUAAUAGAUGCCAUUCACUAAAUUAAACAUGCAAAAUGACAAGCUCAAGCAUAAAUAGCAUAGUAUGCAUCAUGGUAUAGUUUUAAAAUAUAGUAGGCAGCAUACAGGCUAUACUGCAAAGUAUUCAGUAAGUAGUAAACUAGUAUUCAAUUCCAGACAUACUAGAAUUGUAAAAUUAAAAGUGCUAAAUGAGGGCCUUUGGAAGUUCAGUGGGUGCAUGGUAAAAAUCAAAAGUUUAAGAAUUGAAAGGUCAUUGAUCAUAGAUAUUCAAUUAUAACCAAAAAAAUUGGCACAUAUAAUAUUUUUUAAUAUUAUAUUACACUCAAAAAAUCCUGGGUUAUUUUCAACCUGGCAUUUGUUUAAAAUGGGAUGAACACAACCUGUUGGAUUGUAAUCUAACCUAUGCUGGGUUGUUAUAACCCAUUCAUGGGUCAAAUAUAAGCAUUUUUUGCGUUAAUUUAACCUUAUGGCUGGGUUUGUCCCUUUUUAACCCAAAACUGGGUGCAUGGUAAAAAAAGCAAAAGUUUAAGAAUUGAAAGGUCAUUGACAUUACUAGAUAUUUAAUUAUAACCAAAAAAUUAGGCACAUAUGUUAUAUUAAAUAUUUUUUAUUAUAUUAUAUUACACUCAAAAAAUCCUGGGUUAUUUUCAACCUAGCAUUAGUUUAAAAUAGGAUUUUGGAUUAAUUCAACAUAAUGGCUGGGUUUGUCUUUUUUAUCCAAAAACUGGGUGCAUGGUGAAAAUCAAAAGUUAAAGAAUUGAAAGGUCAUUGAUCAUUACUAGAUAUUCAAUUAUAGCCAAAAAAUUAGGAAACAUAUGUUAUAUUGAAUAUUUUUUAAUUAUAUUAUAUUAAUUCCUGGGUUAUUUUCAACGUAUCAUUGGUUUAAAAUGAGACGAACAUAACCUGAUGGAUUGUAAUCUAACCUAUGCUGGGUUGUUUUAACCCAUUCUUGGGUCAAAUAUAAGCAUUUUUUGCGUUCAUUUAACCUAAUGGCUGGGUAUGUUCCUUUUUAACCAUGGACCUUGGUGAAAAUCAAAAGUUUAAGAAUUGAAAGGUCAUUGAUUAUUUCUAGAUAUUCAAUUAUAACCAAAAAAUUAGGCACAUAUGUUACAUUAAAUAUUUUUUAUUAUAUUAUAUUAUACUCAAAAAAUCCUGGGUUAUUUUCAACCUAGCAUUGGUUUAAAAUGGGAUGAACACAACCUGUUGGAUUGUAAUCUAACCUAUGCGGGGUUGUUUUAAAUAUAAGCAGGGGUUGUUUUAAAUAUAAGCAUUUUUGGGGUUAAUUUUACCUAAUGGCUGGGUUUGUCCCUUUUUAACCCAAAACUGGGUGCAUGUUAAAAAAAAGUUUAAGAAUUGAAAGGUCAUUAACAUUACUAGAUAUUUAAUUAUAACCAAAAAAUUAGGCACAUAUAAUAUAUUAUAUAUUUUUUAUUAUAUUAUAUUAAACUCAAAAAAUCCUGGGUUAUUUUCAACAUAGCACUGGUUUAACAUGGGAUGAACACAACCUGUUGGAUUGUAAUCUAACCUAUGCUGGGUUGUUAUAACCCAUUCUUGGGUCAAAUAUAAGUGUUUUUGCGUUAAUUUAACCUUAUGGCUGGGUUUGUCCCUUUUUAACCCAAAACUGGGAGCAUGGUAAAAAAAACAAAAGUUUAAGAAUUGAAAGGUCAUUGACAUUACUAGAUAUUUAAUUAUAACCAAAAAAUAAGUCAUAUAUGAUAUAUUAUAUUAAAUAUUUUUUAUUAAAUUAUAUUACAUUCAAAAAAUCCUGGGUUAUUUUCAACCUGGCAUUGGUUUAAAAUGGGAAGAACACAACCUGUUGGAUUGUAAUCUAACCUAUGCUGAGUGUUUAAACCCAUUCUUGGGUCAAAUAUAAGCAUUUUUUGCGUUCAUUUAACCUAAUGGCUGGGUUUGUCCCUUUUUAACCCAAAACUGGGUGCAUGGUGAAAAUCAAAUGAAAGGUCACUGAUCAUUACUAGAUAUUCAAUUAUAACCAAAAAAUUAGACACAUAUGUUAUAUUAAAUAUAUUUUAUUAUAUUAUAUUAUAUUAUAUUAUAUUAUAUUAUAUUAUAUUAUAUUAUAUUACACUCAAAAAAUCCUGGAUAAUUUUCAACCUAGCAUUGGUUUAAAAUGGGAUGAACACAACCUGUUGGAUUGUAAUCUAACCUAUGCGGGGUUGUUUUAACCCAUUCUUGGGUCAAACAUAAGCAUUUUUAUUUAACCUAAUGCCUGGGUUUGUCCAUUUUAACCCAAAACUGACUUGAAAACAACCUAGCAUUUUUUAUAUUAUAUUAUAUUAUAUUAUCAACCCAGCAUUGGGUCAAAAAAUGUAUACGUCCAGCAGCUGGGUUGAAAUUAACCCAGAAAAUGUUUAUAUUUGACCCAACAAUGGGUUAAAACAAACCAGCAUGGGUUAAAUUACCAAGCGGCCUGGGCUGAUCCCUUUUUGACCCAAAAUAACCCAGCAUUUUUAGAGUGCAUGUUAUAUUAUAUUAUAUUUUGAAUAUACUAUUUUAAUUUCUGCAGAGCAAACACUUGGUGUUAGCAAUGUGGGUCAGACUAAUGCCAUAAUUCACAUGUGUGGUAAACAUUUUCAUGCUAUUGUAUUCAGACAGAUUUACAGGAACCACAUAGUAUCAGGUCAAAGACCACAGAGCUUCCAAGGGUCCUUACAACUCUUUUAGUUCAGGCAUUUUGCAAGACAGUCUGGGGAUGUGCUGGGAAAGCAGUAUACACAGAAAUGCAAAUGAUGAUGGAGCUAACCAAUGGUUUUCUCUUAAUUUUUCCUUUCUGUUCUCAUUUUUUACUGAGAUUCCUCUUUUUUAUUUAUCUAGAUUUUUUAUAGCUUGUAGAGGAUAUACGGUAAUGUUACUGCAGAGUGGCUGCAUAGUUACAAAAAUCAAAGCAAGAUUAAGAAUAACAAAUCACCUGAACUAAAUGUAGAAAUUAAGAGAUAAACCUCACAUUUGGAUGUCAUUAUCAGUCACAUGAAUUUACAGGUUUGUUUCCCAGUUCUGGGUUUAGACCGAUAACUUCAAGAUGUGAUUGUGUUUACGGGUUUGGAAAACAGCAAACUGCCUUUACUGUGUGUCUUUGGCCUUGUUGACCAAGCUGUAGCAGAUUUACAUAAUGCUGGCCUCCAAUAUACUGUAAGAAAUAAAUGAAAAAAUUCAA